CAUAGAGUCUGACAAACCCUAACCCCUCGGGCCGAUAUCCCCUAGCCCUGGCUCAAGGAGAGCAAUGGCGUGGAGCCGGACAGCACACCGGCGCAGCGCCGUCAUGCCACUCAUACGCGCCGCUCUCCGCCGCUUCCUCUCCACGGAGUCUUCGGGGUUCCCGAAGCUACGGAACCUUCCGUACCGACUCCGCCGCGCCGCCGUCCCCGCUGCUCGCACCGCCGUCUCUGACUACCUCAUCUCAACGCGCUGCCUCCCCUCCUCCCACGCCGACUCAAUCACUGCGCUCGCGCCGUGCUCCCUCCACACCUUCCUCGCCGGCAUCCCGGCCGUGCCCAGUACGCUCCCCUCCUCCGACCUCCCCUCCCUCCUCCGCCGCCACCUCUCCUACCAUCCGCUCAACGAGCUUCCCUUCUUCCUCGAGUCCAUCGGCUUGCCCCCUUCCACUGAUUCCGAUCUCAUGUUCCUCACUGACCAUCCGUCCCUCCUCCCCGCUGUUGCCGCGCUCGCGCAUUUCGGCUUCCCGUGGUCCCGCCUCGGCCUGCUAUUCCCCAAUGUUCUCCUCCAAGUCCCUCCCGACCACAUCUCCGCCCGCCUUGUCGCCCUCGAGGAAAGCCUCCGCCCGCUGCCCCGUGCUGCUAUCAUCGCUGCCUGCCUCUCUUUCCCCUCGCUUAUUGAGAACGAUCUCUGCAGCAGUGCCCCCCUUGUCGAUGAUCUUAUGAGGGCGUAUGGAGGAUUGGGUCCGGAUUUGGGGGCUACCAAUGACAUUGAUGUGUUCUUGCGAGUGUGCGGCAGGAUGCAGAUGUUCUACAAUGCUGGGGUGAAGAUUGGGAGCAUCGGGGGGCUUGUUGGGUGCAAUCAGAGGGUUUUUCUUGAGCUUAAGGAGGAGCGGAUUGGUGAGAGGUUGAAAUUCUUCAAGAGGCUGGGGCUGGCAGGGGAGGAGGCAGGGAGCUUCUUACUGAGCAAUCCUGGGUUUUUGGAUCUUGAUUUUGAUGAUGUUGUGAUCUCAGUGCCAGAGUACCUGAGAAGAGUUGGGUUGGCAGAUGACGAGGUUGAUGUGGCGGUGAAGAAGCACCCGUAUGUGGUUGGGAGGAACAGACUGGAGAACCUCCCUGGUGUGCUGCGUGCAAUGGGACUGAGUCAUCGAUUCCUGGAGAAGAUUUCUGGUGGCGGUGAGAGCUUGCGGUAUUUAUCACCAGAUUUCGUCUUGGAGGAUGCUAGUUAUGAUAUGGAGGUGGAGAGAGCAUUCUCAGACAGAAUGGUUAAGGUAAAGGUGGAGAUGAAUGCACAGCAUGUGGACACCAAGCUUGAGUUCUUGAAGAGCAUUGGGUAUGGUGAGAACAAAAAAACCGCACACAUACUUCCUGUUCUGCACAGCACUCGGGAAAUGCUGAAUGAGCGAUUUGACUACCUCCUGGAAAGAGGGGUGGAGUACAAGAUGCUGUGUCGGAUCGUGAGUGUGUUCCCAAAGGUGCUGAACCAGGGCAAGGAGAUGCUCAAUGAAAAGUUGAACUACAUGACUCUGGAUCUGGGAUACUCUUUGGAGUAUCUUGAUUGCUUCCCGGCAUUACUGUGCUUUGAUUUGGAGAACCGGGUCAAGCCUAGGUAUGCAAUGCUUCGGUGGCUCCAAAGUUAUGGCCUUUUUAAAAGACCAUUAGCGCCUGCAACUGUGCUUGCUAACUCAGAGAAGAGGUUCAUUUCCAACCUCUACAAUAUGCAUCCUGCAGCGCCGAAGCUGUGGCUCGAGUGCUUCUCUUCAAGAAUACACAUGGAAUAUUACCUCAAGAAUAUACAGUCCCAGCAUCCAGAUAAUGAAUAAUUAGGUAUUGAAUUAUAUUGGCAUGAUUAUCAGAGCCGGAUGUACAAAGGAUUGUCAUCUCCAAUUGUGGCAUGCUUUCCCUCAGAAGGUACUUCUGAGUUGUUAUAUUAUAUCUUCCCAUUGUGCAAAAUUCUUUGCUCAGCGUGUUUUAGCUGUAGACACUGGAUGUAGGAUGAAAUGAAAUAUAUCAAUUCAAUAGUCAACCAUGUAAUUCAAUUUUGCAAAAAUUGUGCUGUACAUUGUAGCUCUGAGACUAGUUACAUUUCCGCCCUGUUUGGCGGUUAUGUAUUUCAAGGAAAGACAUUCUGUAUUGAUCCGAGGUGAAAGACUAGCACUGAUAAUAGUUAACUUUUUGGUUA